AUGUCUAUGUUUGGCCAAAACGCUUUCUUUUUCUUGACAUUUUUUCUCUCGAGCAUUCUGUUUUCUUUUUCUUUUUACAUCACCGACUCCAAUCCGCUUUUGUCCUUCACCAGUCAAGUGAGAGAGACGCACCUCUACACAGAAAAUCACAGAAGAGGACUUUUUCUGCAGAUGACCCCUGAUGGAAGAGUAUCAGGAAGCACUGCUCAGAACCGCUACAGUUUGCUGGAGUUGAAAUCUGUUCAGCUAGGUCAGGUAGCCAUCAAAGGACAGGCUGCAGCUCGCUUUCUCUGCAUGGAUGGUGCAGGCCGGCUGAGAGGACAGAUGCACUAUGCAGAAGCUGACUGCGCCUUCAGGGAGCUUCUGAUGGCAGAUGGAUACACACGUUUCCUGUCCUCGUACCACGGACGUGCUGUGUCCCUGGCAUCCAAACAUUCCCUGGAUCAUCACUCGCUCCCCUUCACUCGAUUCCUCCCACUUACAAACACCCUGACAGCGGAAAGUAUGACCCAACAGCCAACAAACAAUCAGGAAUAUUUCAACGUGGACUCAGGCGACCCACUUGGAAUGGGUUUAAACUCUCUGCUCAGCCCCCAGUUCUCAGUGGAUAAGUAA